GCAGGGGCAGGUAAAGUAAGAAGUCUUGACUAUUGCAUAAGACUGCGAUGGGUGCGUGAUCGCCAGAGCCCUGGGGAUCUGCCCCACAAGGAAUACAAAAGAUGUGCCUGCAGCAGAGGGACUGGUCAACAGCUGUAAUGAAGUCAGAAUGGCUCUCUCGUGAGAUGUGUAACCCACCAAGAUCUUCUAUUACACUUCAUAAUUGUUUGCUUCCUUGGUCUCACUACUAGCUCCAACUAAUUGAAUCUUGGGAUGUAACUGCAACGGAACAAAAGGCCUGGCGGGAUGCUGGACUUGUCCUGUCCACGACGAGCAAUGAAGCCUGUAAGCUCUUCGAUGCUGCGCUGACACAGUAUGCAACCUGGACCAAUGAUGAGAGCCUUGGAGGUAUUGAGGGAUGCCUCUCCAAGUUAAAAGCAGCGGAUCCAAAUUUUGCAAUGGGACAUGUCAUUGCUAAUGGUUUGGAGCUGGUUGGCACUGGAAGCUCCGUGCGACUCGACAAAGAGCUGGACCGUGCCAUGAGAAUGAUGGUGGCACUUUCUGAGUCCCAGCCACUGACGGAGCGGGAGAAGCUGCACGUGUCAGCGCUGGACAUGUUUGCCAGGGGCCAGCUUCCAGAAGCUUGUGAUCUGUGGGAACAGAUUCUGCAGAGACACCCAACUGACCUGCUAGCCCUCAAGUUUUCCCACGACACUUAUUUCUACCUGGGAUAUCAGGUACAGAUGCGAGAUUCUGUUGCCCGGGUUUAUCCUUUCUGGACACCUGAUGUUCCACUGAGCAGCUAUGUGAAAGGCUACUACUCUUUUGGACUCGUGGAAACAAACUUUUUUGACCGUGCUGAGGAGGUUGCCCGCGAGGCUUUGGCUAUAAAUCAGACAGAUGCAUGGUCUGUCCAUACUAUAGCUCAUGUAAAUGAAAUGAAAGCAGAUGUGAAGAAAGGCUUAGAAUUUAUGAAGGAAACAGAAAACAACUGGAAGAACAGUGAUAUGCUUGCUUGCCACAAUUACUGGCACUGGGCUUUAUACUUCAUUGAAAAGGGUGAAUAUGAAGCUGCUUUGACAAUUUAUGACAAUCAUAUUGCCCCGCGGUGCCUGGCGAGUGGAAGCAUGCUGGAUGUGGUCGAUAACUGCUCCAUGCUGUACAGGCUCCAGCUGGAAGGUGUGAAGCUUGGAGACAGGUGGAAGGAUGUUCUUGCACUCACGAAGAAGCACACCAAAGAUCACAUUCUUCUGUUCAAUGAUGUGCACUUCUUGAUGUCUUCACUUGGAGCCAAGGACCACAAAACUACCCAGGAGCUUUUAACAACUCUUCAGGAACUUGCCAAAGCACCUUGUGAAGACCACCAGCUUUCCCUGGCUCCUAGUUUGGGGUUGCCACUGUGCCAGGCUUUUGUAGAGUUUGAAAAUGGAAAUUGUGACAAAGCUGUAGACCUGCUGUACCCAAUCCGUUAUCAGCUAGUCCAACUGGGAGGCAGCAAUGCCCAGAGAGAUGUUUUCAGCCUGUUAUUGAUUCAUGCUGCUUUAAAUUCUAAAUCACAGGCCAAACGAAACCUUGCAAGGUGCCUCCUGAGAGAACGUGAUGUGGUGAGACCCAAUUCACCCAUGACAGAGCGACUUAUCAGGAAGGCAGCAGCUGUCCAUUCCAUGGCAUAAGGCUUCCCUCCAUGCUUCAGAAAUGCCACACUCUUCAACUGCCCAAGCUCUGGCUUUGCUACCACAUCUGCAAACUCUCCUGGCCACAGAUGCCUUCCCUUCCAUCCUGCCCAGCUCAGGCUCUUCCCGUGGUCCACAGAAGCCUCUUCCUACACACAGUUUCCUUUUGACCUAAGAAAGCACUUCCAUAGCUGGCCCUGCGCUGCCCCUGGAGCUUCUGCAUAGAGGAACAAGAAGUGGAAGUGCCUUGCUGCCAUCCUGCCCCCAGCCCUCCUCUGGGGCAGAAGUUGCUUAUUUUUAAAGCAAUGAUAAUUUGUGAAUCCACGUAAGCGGUUGCAUUCUUUUGUGCAGUCUUGUGACUUAAGACUACACCGUUCUUCAGCUUCAUCUCUGCUUUGUCUGUCCAGCCAUGGCUGAGGGUGACUCAUUCUGGACUAAAAUUACACUGGAUUUUUACUAUUAUUUUUAAUCAGUGCAUUUCAAGCAAUGACUUUAGACAGGACCUUUUUACUCAAUGAAUAUAACAAAUCUGAUUAGGGAACAAAAGCCUGAGGAAUCUCUGGCUGUGUUUGCAGGGAGUGGUUUAUGUGAUCCAUUGCUAUGCAAGUUUAAGAAUGACAGUUGAAGUACUUUUGAUAUACCAUAAUUGAGAAUUUUGUCUGCUUUACAUCAAUAAACUCAAAGAUGGAUUUAAUUGA